UCAAAAUACUCACAAACACUUUCGAUAAAAUAACACACUUUCUUUUCCUCAAUAAAAAAAACACACACACACACUUUCUUCUCUUUUAGCUUAAGGCCGUUGUUUACUAUAAGCAGAACAAUUAAACAACCGAUGGGACCAACCGCCGACGAUGGGCCGCCGGAAGUCACUCUACAGACUUCCAUGGGUCCUUUCACUAUUGAGCUGUACAACAAGCAUGCCCCAAGAACAUGCCGGAAUUUUCUGGAACUUUCCCGUCGAGGCUACUACGACAAUGUCAUAUUCCAUCGAAUCAUCAAAGAGUUUAUAGUUCAAGGAGGAGAUCCUACUGGAACUGGAAGAGGUGGUGAAUCAAUUUAUGGUAAACGCUUUGAAGACGAGAUAAAUCCAGAAUUGAAGCAUACUGGCGCUGGCAUUUUAUCCAUGGCAAAUGCUGGUCCUAAUACAAAUGGAAGCCAGUUUUUUAUAACUCUAGCUCCUACUCCCUCUCUUGAUGGAAAGCACACAAUAUUUGGAAGGGUUUGUAAGGGAAUGGAGAUAAUUAAGAGGCUUGGCAGUGUCCAGACCGACAAUACUGAUAGACCUAUUCAUGAUGUCAAGAUACUAAAGGCAACAGUUAAGGAUUGAUCAAGAAAAAUCUGUCAACAAGAUGCGUCUCUCUGCUCAUUAUCUAACAUGCUGUUAAGUUCUCUUGGCAACCUAUUCAUGAUGUCAGCUAUCCGUUUUCAGUUUAUCAUACAAACUCUGUUGGCAACACAAUAUCAUAUUUGUAACUUUAAAACAGAAAAAACUCCAUCUCCCAUAGAUGGCUAUAUGAUGUGAUGUACCUCCUGAAGUUGCUGGUUUUGCUACUUUAACAGAAAUACAACAGGGCAUGUGUAUUUAGUGAUGAGUUGCCUCUUUUGUUCAAAUAAAUUAUUUAGUAUUUCAUGUAAUAUUUGAUACAGGGGCAUAAUUUUAGCAAA